AUGGACCGAAACAACCACAACAAAACUACAAGAUGGCUGGCCAUUCUUGUACUCUUCACGAUGCAACUACUCAACGCAAAUGCCGCCGUAGUAACCGUCUGGACUACGGUAAAACUGCCUGCACCAACACAAACUGCCCCGUUAUCACCAUCGUACACCUCCCUCGACAAGUUCAAGGAUGAUAUGUUGAAAGUCACCAACGAGUACCGCGCCAAUCACGAUGCCGGUCCACUGAAAUGGAACGAUACACUGGCUGAGUACUCGCAGGAAUGGGCAGACGCCUGUAUCUGGAAGCAUUCGAAAAGUAGCUACGGCGAGAACCUCGCAUUUGGAUACAAGAAUGUCUCUGCUGCUGUCAUCGCCUGGGGCGACGAAGGCGAGAUGUAUAACUUCGACAAGCCGACAGGCUUCACUGAGGCGACGGGGCAUUUCACCCAGUUGGUCUGGAAGUCGACUACGCAGGUUGGCUGUGCUGCUGUCAACUGUGGGUAUAAGAAGGAUGACAACGCCAAAAGAGAUGGCGAGAUCGAAGUAGGAGAGGAGGCUCUCGAAGGGGCGUUGAUGACACCUCGUUUCAGCGGGGAUGGAGCGGAACGAGAUGGCCUGGAAGGACUGAAGGUUGCGCGAGGCGAGCCGCGAGCUCAGGGGUGGUAUGUUGUUUGCGAGUAUACACCUCCUGGAAAUGUUGUGGGCUUGCAGGAUUCCUACUUCAGGAAGAACGUCUCGCCAAAGAAGGAGCCUGGCGUUGAGUCACCGUCAACGUCUUCUUCGUCCACGACUUCUGAGUCUUCUUCCACGUCUAUGCCUCAGCCAUCGCCGUCGCCGAAUGCCGCGGCAUCCACUACCAUCGGGAGUCGUCGACCUAAGCAUCAUGGGCAUACGGGAUGUGCUAUAAAGUUCGAGCUGAAUUCGACAUUGGGGAUGAUGCUGGUAGCACUGGGAACGGUGGGUGUCGCAAGCGCACUUUACGGCUGA